GUUUUUCUGUUCACAAUGCACAGCUCUCAACACAGAUAUUCGACUCCUCAUGCCUUCACGUUCACACCAUCUAAUCCAUCCUCAGAAUGCUCGCUUUCUCAAAGACAGAGGUCCACUUCCACACCCAAUGUCCAUAUGGUUAGUACCACGUUACCUGUGGACAGCCAGCUGUUUGAGAAUAACUGCCUGAAUACUUCUCCCAGGUCCUGGUGCAGAAGAUUUUGUUUGAGGGGAAGAGAUGCAGUAAGAAGUCACAGCGAAGCAGGUUCACCCACAGCAUUGACAGGCAGUCCAAACAAUUUAAGUCCCACUGGAUGGUCUCAGUCUAAAACUCCCACACCGUCACAAAGAGAGAAAGCAACUACAUCCAGUAAUCAAGAGAAAAAUAAAAUUGUGAAUAUUUUUCUUCAUGAGGGUCUUACUGUGAAAAUUGGUGAUUUUGGUUUGGCUACUGUAAAAUCUAGGUGGAGUGGUUCUCAACAAGUGGAGCAGCCAUCGGGAUCAAUUCUAUGGAUGGCGCCUGAAGUGAUCAGAAUGGAGGACUUGAACCCAUACAGUUUUCAGUCAGAUGUUUACUCCUAUGGAAUUGUUCUGUAUGAACUGAUGACUGGCGAGCUUCCAUACUCUAACAUUAGAGACAGAGACCAGAUUAUAUUUCUGGUUGGAAGAGGAUGUGUGGUGCCUGAUCUCAGUAAACUUUACAAGAACUGUCCAAAGGCAAUGAAGAGACUUGUAGCAGAUAGUGUAAAAAAAGUGAAGGAAGAAAGACCUCUCUUCCCACAAAUUCUUUCUUCCAUUGAACUUUUACAACACUCUUUACCCAAAAUCAACCGAAGUGCUUCAGAGCCAUCCUUACACCGUGCCGCCCACACAGAAGACAUUAAUUCUUGUACUUUAACAUCAACGAGAUUGCCAGUUUUCUGAAGACUUUUAAGCUAAACUGUGCUUUUUUUAAGUUCACUUAAAGAAGAAAAACUGAAAUAAGCUGGAAAUGCUUUAUCUAUGAAUAGGACUAAAUUAAAAAAAUCAAUUAAAAAUCUAUAUUACUCUAAAGAAAAUGCUGCUAUUAUUGCAUUACUGAGGCCACAGUGAAGUUGUACAUUUUUCCUACCUUUUUGUGACUUGGGUUGUAAAAGCCUUCAAGCAAGAAUGAACUCCUUUCAUCCUAUUUGGAAUCCAGCUUGCUGUAGUUCACCGGUCUUCCUGCAGUGACUCUUUACUAUAAACAGACAGACUUGUUUUAUUGUGUAUUUUUAAUGUAUAAAAUAGCGUUGAUGGAGCUAAACAUUGAUUUCCACCAUCAGGAGAUAUACAGUGGGUACAUGCAAACUUAUGCAAAAUACAUACAUUCAACGGAUAAGAGGAUAAUUCCUAUAUGGACUGUUUUGAGUAGUUACACAAUUUUGAACGUCAAAGAAGUAUAUGUCAGGGCAGUAAUUCCUGUGAAUGGACUAUUUUAUUUUUAUUUUAUUUCCUGAGACACACGUCACAAAUUGAUAAUCAAACCAGAAUCUAAGCAUUGGUACUUUUUUCUUUAAGCUAGUAAAUUAUCAUAUUAAGUGACCAUGCUCUGAACUGUGUGUCUGACAUGGUAGCAGAGGGUUCUGGUCAUUUUGGACUAGUGUGCAUGUAUAUCCUGCACACACCUAUUGCAAUAUUAUGAAAUAUGCACUAAAUGGGGAAUUUUAGUAUAUACAUUUUUAUCUGAUUUUGGUUUUAAUUUGUUUGUUCUUUUAUUGCUUUUAAGCACACACAUUUAUUGUAAACCGCAACUCCCCAAAUAACUAUUUUAAUAAAUUAACGGUUAUACAUUUGGGCAAUUGAUAA